GUGGCGCCGCUCCGUCAGCUCGGCUCAGCUCAGCUCAGCGCCCUCCAUCUUACCUCAGCGCUCACCGGCCCGACCUGUGCGCUGCAACCUUCCCUCGACCGCCGAGCCGCCGCCGCCGCCGCCGCCGCCCCCACGGGGGGGGAGUUUACCCGCAAACCUCAAUGGCUACAAAACGCAGGAAGGUGGAUGCUGAGUGCCGAAUCUUCCAGGGCAUUUGGACAGAAAAGUACUUCUUUAUACAGCACUUCGGCACGCCCACAUGCCUUAUCUGCCACGCAAGUGUUAGUGUGAACAAGGAGUUCAACAUCAGGCGGCACUAUGUAACAAAACAUCCAAAAUUCAGUGAAAUAAUUGGGCAAGCAAGGAAGCAUGAAGUUCAUAACCUUAAAUGGAGCCUGGCAAAUCAGAUGUUGAAGAAACAAGGUGUGGAAUCAGAGAGGAACACGCUUGCUAGCUACGCAGUUUCUAAGUUGAUAGCAGAAAAUAUGAAGCCCGUCACUGACGGAGAUUUUGUGAAAGAAUGUUUGAUGGCAGUUGUGGAAAUUCUGUGUCCUGAGAAAAAGGUUUCAUUUUCAAAUGUCAAUCUCUCUGCAAGAACAGUUGCACGACGAAUAGAAGAAAUGUCAGCAGAUGUGAAAAGCUGUUUGAAGGACUAUUGCAGAAAUUUCCAGUUCUUCUCAAUAGCCCUCGAUCAGAGUACAGAUACCAAAAACACCGCUCAGCUUGCAGUGUUUGUACGUGGAGUAACUUCAGAUUUUGACACUGUUGAGGAGUUUGUUCAACUGGAACAUAUGAAAGGUGCUGCCAUAGGAGUAGAUAUUCUUGUGGCAUUGCUCAAGUGUACCACAGACAUGGAGCUGGAUCUAUCUAAGUUAGUAUGCGUAGCAACUGAUGGAACGCCAGCAAUGGUUAGAGAGAAAAAAGGUGCUGUGGCUAUGCUUGAAAGCCACAUGGAAGGCCUUGAAAUUAACCACGAGAUUAAAAAAAUGCACUGCCUAAUCCACCAUGAAGCACUGUUUGCCAAGUCUUCAAAUGUGAAGGAUGUGAUGGAGGUAGUGGUAAGAGCAGUAAACCUACUAUUGUCACGGGGACUAAACCACCGUCAAUUUCAACAACUUUUCUCGGAAGCAGAGGCCCAGUAUGGAGACCUGCUCUAUUUCUGCGACGUUCGGUUGCUCAGUCGAGGUGCAAUGUUAGAAAAAGUAUACGCUCUGCGGGAAGAAAUAGCAACAUUCCUCGAAGGUAAAAAUGUGAGUGCCUCAGAAUUUCGCGAUCCUAAAUGGCUUUCGAGUCUAGCAUUCCUGGUAGAUUUAACAGCUCAUUUAAACAACCUCAACUCGCAACUUCAGGGAAGAAAUCAACUCGUACAUGAUAUGUGUGGACACAUCGUCGCCUUCGAAACAAAACUGCGACUGUGGGAAUGCCAGCUUGAGAAAUCAUGCUACGCUCAUUUCCCCAAACUCCAGGAGACCCAACCGACAGACACCAACACAUUUGUGACUGUGAUACGUGACUUGAAAACUGAGUUUUCUUCACGUUUCGCUGACAUUCGCUCACACACAAGCGAAUUCAGGCUGUUUGCCACUCCAUUUGACGUGGACAUCGACAAUGCACCAGAAAAUGUUCAAAUGGAACUAAUUGAGAUGCAGUGCAGCGAUGUAUUAAGAACUAAAUUUAAUGCAACGGACAUAUCUCUACUAGAGUUCUACAAGAAAUAUCUCCAUGAAACUGGUAGGUAUACCAACUUAGUAGAUCACGCAAAAAAAAUGACAUCAAUGUUCGGCAGUACUUACAUGUGUGAGCAACUCUUCUCAAAAAUGAAAUACACGAAGAGUAAAUUAAGAAACCGACUGACUGAUGCCCAUUUAGAUGGCAUCUUGCAUCUGGCCUCUUCCAACCUGUCACCUGAUAUUGAGAGACUAUCGAGCGUAAAACAACAAGUGUCACACUAACAGCUAUGAGACAGACAAACAGACUGACAGAGAGGGGAAGGGUAGUUUCAAUACCAGUGUCUCAAACUAACUUUGUUCUGGACUUUGUUUAGUUCACUUUGUUCAGUAGUCAAGUCAAGUCAAGAGAGUUUAUUGUCAUGUGUCCCAGAUAGGACAAUGAAAUUCUUGCUUGCUGCAGCAAAACAGAAUAUUGUAAACAGUUCAGUUCAAUAUACACAUAUAUGUAUGCUGUAGACAAAAUAUUGCUAAGUGGGACCCAGCAUCACACGGGAGAGCUGGUCCCCCAACGCAGUAUUCCAACUCUCCACCAAUUCCAAUAUUGGUGGCCAGUGGGCGGGGCUUUCUGGAGUGCUAGUAUGGGUGUUGUGGGCUGAAGGGACUGGUUUCCAGAGGGCUAGUAUGGACAUUGUGGGCCGAAUGGAUUCUUGGGCUGGCGGGUCAGUCACUCAAGCCUGUUGUGCUGGCAGCUCACUCACUCACGGCUGGUGGGCUCGCUGUUGACACACGGCUAUUCUUUGAAAUUUCAUUUCAAGCAGGGUGGCAAGGCCACCAAAUUCAAGUGCAGUUUCUUACCAUUUCAAGCAGGGUGCAAGGCCACCAAAUUGAAGUGCAGUUUCAUACCACUUCAAGCAGGGUGGCAAGGCCACCAAAUUCAAGUGCAGUUUCAUACCACUUCAAGCAGGGUGGCAAGGGCACUAAAGACAGCGAUUCAUGACCUCUCCCUCCUCCAUCUUGCAGAGACUGAGCCACGACCACACUUCUGGGUUUUAUAGUCCCUCCCGCCAGAAGGGUCAUGGCCUUCAUGGCAUGAUUAACAGGAGAGAAUCUCAACAUUUUUAAAACACUAAUAACUCUUAUUUUCCAUCGAUGAGAAAAAUCCUCUUGUCCUGCGCAGCGGAGGAGGACUCUGAGUAAGAUGGCCAAAAAUCACAGCCGUAAGUGGCAGUGUUUUUUCUAAAAUCAAUAUACAGAACAACAGGAAGUGGUCAAGGUCAGACUUUUAGUAAUAUAGAUGUAUUAUUACCUCCAUUUAUUAACAAUGGCGAUACAUGUGGCAGCCAUCCACUCACAGACAUGGGUCCUGGCCCCUAUUCAGAACAAGGUUGCCGACCCCUGCCUUAUGUCCUUAUGACAUUAUAACAAGAGCUGGCACAGUGGCGCAGCUGUAGUGUUGUUCCCUCACAGUGCCAUGAUCCGGAUUCAAUCCUUACUACUGCCCCUGUCUGUACAGAGUUUGUAUGUUCUUUCUGUGACCAGGUGGGUUUUCUCCGGAUGCUCCGGUUUCCUCCCACAUACAGGUUUGUUGGCUUCUGUAAAUUGUAAAUUGCCCCUCGUAUUUAGGAUAGAAAUAGUGUGCGGGCAGUGGCGGACUGGGUCUAAAAAUAUUGGUUGCCGGAGACAAAGGGGGCCCACUUGAUAUAGGGGUCCCACUUCAUCAGGGGCCCACUUGCCAUCGGGCAAGCUGACACCCUGGCCAGUCCGCCACUGUGUGCCGGGAUCGCUGACCCAUGUACCGAGGGGCCACUUUCUGCCCUGUAUCUCUAAAACUAAAACUAAACUUAUGUUAAGU